GCCGUCUGUAUGUUUUGUGCUCUCGAGCAUCUUCUUUCCUUCAACGCCAGACAAAUGCAGAUGCUGACCUGUUGUGGUCAACAUAACUUCCAGAACAAAAGGAUUCGGAUAUUUGUAGUGGAAUGAUGGAGAAUUGUAAGUCGUCUUUGUAUCUUCCUUGAUAAAACUAUUCACAGCAAAAAUGGAAGACUGCACGGGGAAUAUAAUACAAAAUCUGAGAGGUCUAAUAAAUGAUACACUUUUGCCARAGRAAUUACAAUCAGCUUCAUGGAACGACUUUGUUUUGGAGAUACUAUCACAUGAAAUGUCCACCCGUCGUCUGAGGAUGAACACUUCCAAAGUUUGGGAAGGAUAUGCAAGAAAGUGGCGUGAAUUACUUCCAGACCUUAAAACCUCUCAGUCCUGGCCCCUUUAUACUGGCAGUUACACCCAAGGAAUGCCAAAUGCUGGAGAUUUGGAUAUGAUGCUUGUAGCAUCAUGGGUGGCGGCGUAUGAAUACACGGSSAAKAURGUUGAUAAUGUGRACGAACUACCAUUUGUCAAGACAGGCUGUCACGCCGGGUUUAUCAAAAUARUUGUUCCACAUGACACACGAAAAGUUUACARCUUUCAAGAUUAUCAAAUACGAAAAAUAGGACGACAUUAUUACUUGAGGAGCAUCGGGUUUGUKCAAACUAUGCAAGAAUGGGGGACAACUGGGAGCARCUUUAAAGCUCAUGGACCAGCUCUCACGCUAUCAGCGACUGAGAGCACAUCGUAUGACGUUGUCCACGCGAUCAGGUGCAAACAAUGGCCUACUUUUGCUAAGGAUAUUUUUCAUCGCUCAAAUAUCCCAGACGAUUUGGCUGAACAGCUGAAAAGCUCGAGUCUGCAUGCCGUUGCAAAAGGUCACGCUUUGAGUAAAGAUGCAGAUGUGGAGUGGAGGCUAUCAUUCAGUGAAGCCGAGAGAUGUUUGSUAGAAAACUGGAAUGAWACCCAGUUUUAUUGCUACUAUCUCUUAAAGAACAUUAAAAUGAUUCAUUUUAGUAGUCCCCGACAUCCUGUGUUCAUAUUAUUUGAAAACAGUCCUUCUGUGGAUGAGUGAAGCUGUU